AAGCAGCGUACCUCCAUCAUCACCGUCGGGGAAAUAGCGCGAUAUUUCGUCCCGCGCCCAGAACCCGUUACAGCAUCAUUGCCUUCGAUCAUCGUGAAUCCUCUCGGAGUGCUCCGAUCGGCACUCGACGGAGGUAAACAUGUUUCAACAUCUAUCGCGUUAAAGUCGCGCGAGGCAUCUACAUCGAAUGCCACCGUUGAUCAUUAGUCCGUUGGAGUGAAUUUUGUGGCGUCCUGUUCUAGAAGAGAAGACAUCCAACAGUGGUCCAUGCCGGUCAAAGUAAGAACAAUUGCUAUCUAGAGCAUUUGACCCCCGGGCCCAGAACCGAGUGACGAUAAAUCACGCUCAUCAAGUGGCCACUGCAAAGUUACGAUUUCGUAAAAGUGCUUUGUCUCCAGGAGUGCAGCAAUUGUUCCAUCUUGUGCACAGUGUUUCGUGGUUGGUGUGUCAACACGAGGAUUGCAGACUUCCAGGCAGCUCCUCCCAGCCAGCCGUUGGCAAAAAGUAUCGUUCGGAUUAAACAAACUGCUGGCAGCAGCCGUAAGACACGAUCUCGACCUCUUCAGAAUUCUACACCCAGUGUUUCGAGCUGGAAGUGCGCUCCGGAGUAAUUCAGUGAAGUUGUCGUCUCCUUUGCAGUUGCUGAACAGCGUUCAAGAUGAACAUGCUACGGCUAUUUCUUGCAGGAGCGCUAAUGACCAUGGAAAUACUUUGUGAACAUCUGGUUGAGUUCAUGUCAAACUACCGUACUAACUCGCAGAUUGACUACGCCUUCCGGUACUACAUCGAUCAUCCACAGACGGGGGUCUCACUGGACCACUGGGAGAAUCGCCGGGGAGACUAUGUUCAUGGCGGGUACGGUGUCCUCGAACCGGGAGGAUAUGUCCGCACUGUGCAUUAUGAAGUCGAAGGUAAUAGUGGCUUUCGGACAAUAAUCAAAACCACCGCCCCAGGGAGUUCCUCACAGUACAACAUUCAUAGCGGCAGAAAGUCUCAGCCACCGCACCCGCUGUGGAAUGCUCAACCAGUAGCAUUCGUGCAGAACGGUCAUUAAUUGUAAUGUCCUCAUCUUCCAAAGGGUCUUUCACAACCUCACUGCCAGUAUCGCCAUCAUCGCCUACGGCCGAACGAUCUGCUCCAAUUCCAGCUACCGGUUGAACUCCAUUAAGCUAUUGCGCAACCCAACCCCAGGCGGUCACUUUCUUUGCGUUAAACCUUCAAGAGACCCCAAAUGGGUGGGUGAAUACGCGUGUUCCACUAAUUUUCUACACCUCAUUCUUCCUCCACUUGCAGAAAGUAUCCUCAUGCCGCCAUUGCUUCGAAAUGCCACCGGGUGACGAUAAAACAAAUCGAAUACCUACUCCGGCGAGGCGUUAAUUGACCCUUGCCGUGCUAUAACCGUUUAUUAGUGUAGAUUUAUUGUAAAUAAAUAAAGUAAUAUAAGUCCGGCUGAGCAAGAUCAAUCAAUUUUAAGGUGAA